UCGCCAACUAAAAAAUCCCAAAACUUCUCGUCAUAAACACCUUCUAGAUCUACCCCAAAUCACGCCGCCGAGCAAACUCGCCUCCUCAUCGCUCUGCUCAGGGAAAUCAUUGUACCAAUCGCUCCAGCCGUGCCGCUUGUUUCCCUCGAGAUCGUCACCUCCCCUUCCACCUCGUUCACUCGUGCGCCGGCAACACGCGCGGCGCUCCGCCGCGAGGAGAUGUCGUUGGAGCAUCACAAACGGGUGGUUGGCGCAGGUGGUGCGAGAGGCGACUUAACCAUGCCGUCUGAGCUACCAUCCACGACCAAAUCUGCAGGCCAUAGACUGCUUCGAUUGCUCACUUCAGCGACUACACGAUCCGGGGAGAGAAGGCUUCACAGCCGAUUUGUAUACCAUACACACCGAAGCUCCCAUGGUAGGCAAGUACAUCUGGCCAGCGACGGCAGAAGGUCCAGCAAGCUCCACCAACUAAUAUCAGUCAGUGAUGUUGCUAUACUGCCGAGUACGCCGCAGCUGGGACACAAAUGCCUUAUCGAGGAGGAGCUUGCAGCGUGUGGGAGAUCAUCCAUGAUCAGCCCAUACAACGGUCAAUAAUACUGGUUGGGGAGAAGUGAGAAAAGUGUUGUUGUUGUAGUGUUUAAAUUUGUCACUAGAAGAGUUGUAAUUUUUUGUGUAAAUCAAAUAAUGUGUACAUUGCUUCGUGCUUCAUGUCGUGCUUCCACAGAUUUUUUGCGAAGCAAAUAUUUUCAUCAGAUUGAAAUUUGUAUUGGUUGCAUCAAAAGAUGUAUUAAUAGAUCAAAAUACUAGCAUGUACAAAUAAAUAU